GGUUCAUUCCAUUUAAUAAUAAUCUAAAUCCUAUAGAGAAGAAUUAUUUUUCCGUUUUCCUCUUCGAUCGCGUCCACCUUUUUAUAAUCCACCACGAAAUUCCGGGCAGAGGGCGCUUUACAAGCCGGUUUACUUUCAAUUUUGCUGCUGAGUGCGGAGAAGUGGUUCCCUCUAUUCCUUUUUCUUUUAAGUUGAAUAUCAGAAUCUCCGCGUGCCUAGGGCCAUGAACGAGACUUUAACUUUCCGCUUCCUCGUUCUCCUUCUGGUCGCCUCUGUCUGUCGAUCUUGGUCGGUUUACGGGCCUUUUUCCAAUUUCUCCGCUGGUCGCAACGCCACAAAAAGGACGAAUUUGGUGGAAUUGGCUAAAAAACUGAAUCUCACUUCUUUGGUGGAUGCCUUGCGACAGACCAAAUUGGAUAACGUCGUCGACCACGAAGGUCCGUUUACCUUAUUCGCUCCCACGAAUGAUGCAUUUGCUCGAAGACCCGAUUAUUGUUUUAACGUUCCACUGAAAGACGUCAUGAAAAUGCAUGUCGGUCGUGGUUUUUAUUUCAGUAAGAAGUUUAAAAACGACGAGUUGAUCUCCACUUUGCUUUCCGAAAGAACCGUUCGAAUAAAUGUUUAUCGUAGUAAUGAGAUCGUUACCGGUAAUGGGAGAGAAAUAAUUAAAGUGGAUAAUGUUGCUUCAAAUGGAGUACUGCAUAUUUUGAAUGAUGUGAUGUGUUCUCUGUACAUUGGAAGUGCCAUUGUAGAAAUUAAUAGAUGCCCUUCUUUUAGCAAGUUCAGUAGAGCUGUAAAUAUGACCAAUCUUUAUACUUUGUUAGACGCAAAAGGACCUUAUACUGUAUUCACUCCGACAGAUGAUGCCGUUGCCAAACUCCCUUCUGAUUUUAUAAUUCAUUUACUAAAUAACAUUACAGCUUUAAAAGAAGUUAUAUUAUAUCAUAUAAUUCCCCAAGUAUGGUAUAGUCCAGGAUUUCAAGAUGGACUCAAGUUGAAGACUUUACAAGGAAGUUACGUGACUUUAAAAUUACAAAAUGUGAUUAGAAUAAAUAAUGCAACAGUGACACUUCCGGAUGCCACUGUGAGUAACGGAGUGGUUCACAGCAUCGACACAGUAUUGAUUCCACCAUCUUUAUACAUUAGUAACUGAAUCCUUACUGUUUUGACCAAUGCACUUAGGCACAUCCUCUUAAUUUUGUGCAACAUGCAUAAAAAGAAGUUUGUAGCGGAGUAUUUUCAAUACAAAAAAAUAAAUGCUCACCUUUUUAAUAGUAAGUUUUUAUUUGCUAAUACAGAUAAUUUUUUAUUUUAAAUUCUGCACCAUCAUUUCAAAAAUAACCACAAAAAAUGUAAAGGUAAAUUGUUACACUGUAUUUUAAUAAUUAAUAACUAUUUUGUAAUUGUUUUCAAAUGGAGAGCUUGUUAUUCUAAUUUUGAAAUAAUAAAAGAUUUAAAAAUAGUAUUACAAUGAAAGCAAUUACUAUGUAGUUUGCUCCUAAUUAAUAAUUACUUUUAAUUAUCACUUUGAUAAGUAUUUGAGAGAAACAAAUACCUGAUGUUUAUUGAUGAUGCAGAAUUGUUAAUAAGGGUGUCAUGAAUCUCAUGAAACUAACAAAAUUCCUAUGAAUUAUAAGAAUUAAGUUGAUACUGCUUGGAAAUUUGUAAUAUGUUUAGUUGAAUGCAUUAUAUAUGUUGUUUUUAAAUAAAAGUUGCAAAUUUAUUUUUCUUCUUAAA